GUCCAUUCUUGCUUGUCUUGACAUCCUUUCGAUUUACACGAUAUGGACUUUAUGGCCUUCUGGAGGACCGUCUGGGACAGAGUGGACAUCAUCGUGGACAUCAUCAAUAUCGGCUUUUGGCAUCCAAUUCGGCCUGCAGUACUCCGUAUCAAGACCGAUUUGUUUGUUUUCCAAAAGUUCAUCGCUCGCCGGUCCUGGCAGGCUAUCAGGUGGUCCUGGAGAAGGGCCUGGGAGUGGUUCUGGGAAGUCGCGGAGGCGAUCUUGACGGCUUGGUCGUACGUGUUUCUUAGUUCGACUAUCGGUGUUGCCUUUUUCAGCUGUGUUAUCUGUUGGAUGGUAUUCGGUUUUGAUUUGCGGAGAGUCGUGGAUUCAGUGUUGCCCCGAGCACGGCUGCUCCCCCCGCCGUCCUACACACCGUUACUCAUGCCCGCACUCUAAUUCGACCACGCACUGCAACCACUAAGGGCUUCAUCCCGGUCCACUGAGGCGCCAACAAGACCAGAGAGGAAACAAUCACUUUGCACGCGCACCACACCCCACGUUUACGCACCCACUCACUUUACACCAAUUCAACGCGCUUUUUCUGCAUCUCUCGACGCGUCUUUCGUCAUCAUACCACCUGCUUAACAACCAGUCAUGGCAACGGAGAAUACAACAUCUUCGAAUGGAGGAGGGGGAGGCGGAGCUGCUACACCAAAACCUGUGGGGAAUAACGCGACCGCGGGGGGGCAUCAGAACACACCUGUUAAGAACGAGUCGUCUGCCGCAAAUGGAGGAGGGCAGCAGUCGCAACAGUCACAGCAAGCGCAGCAGCAGCAGCAGCAGCAACAACAACAACAACAACAACAACAACAGCAGCAGCAGCAGCAGCAACAGCACCAGCACCAGCAGCAACAGGCGGCGGCUGCAGCGGCGGCUGGAAUCCCCUAUUACGAGAAACAACGAGCGCAGCUUAAGGAGUUGUUGGCGAAGAGGAGGGCGCUGGAUAAGAGACUUGCCGCUCAAGAAGAACACAUUUUCCAAAAGGAGACGGAGUACCUCGAAUCAACGCCGCACGGAAACAUCAUCAUUGGGUUCGACAACUAUGCCAAGGGAGGAGGCGGCGCUGGGCAGGGACCAGGCGCUCCUUCGUCUUCUGCUGCGAGGAGAAAGGGCGGUGGUGGAGGUGGUGGUGGGAUGCAAGGGGGGGUCUUGAAUGAUGCCAACAGGGUCUUUUCUCGUAGUUCGAUUUCGUACAAUCUGGCGGCACAGGCUCAGUUGGCUCAACAGCAGGCUGCCGAGGGUGUCACACCGGGUAGUACGCCAGGGCCUACGCCGAUCAGUGGGAGUUUUGCUGGAGGAGACAGUUCAAAGGUUGGGACACCUACUAGUGCUGGGGGUGGGAAUGGGGGGGGGAGUAAGGCGGGGAAGAAGGGGAGCAGUAAAAGGCCAGUAGGAAGAGGGGCGGCGGGUGAUGGGGACGGAGAUAGUGAGACUGAUUCCCGUGAUGCUAAGAAAAUUAGGACUGGUUUUGGGGCGGGGAGGAAGUGAGAUCACUUGAAGAAGGUGGUGAUGAGCAGGGGCGGUGUUGUACCAACAUGGAAGUUGUGAUUUUAUGGUAGGAUGGAUGGGAGCGAAUGGCAUGAUACCAAUGGCGUUUCUUUUUUUUCUUCUUUUUUUUCUGGCCAUGAGGUAUGACCUCCAGAUGCAUAUGGCGUUUAGACUGGCGGUGUUGACGGCAUUCUUGUACGAGUAGUUUUAUGGCAGUUGUCUGAACAAAACAGGAUUGUAUCUUGUCUGGAGGAUCAAGUUUGUGUCGGACAGACUUUUCACGGGGAUUAAAGGUUGCUUUGCAUAUGCUGGACGGGAGGUUUCCUAUCCAGCACCGGGAAUAAGGGCUGGAAUGUUGCAAUGGGGCCCGGAAGGCUCGGAUGUCGAGGUUGGGA